UGACGGGAGGCUGUGACUGCGGGAGGGUUUCGGUGCGUUCCAUCACGCAGCGUUUGCAGGUUAACAUCCACGCAGGAGGCAUCAGCAUCGUUCAUAUCUUUCACAGUCGCCACCACUGUCACCGGCAUUAUGACGGCACGCUAAUCAUGGUGUUGAUCUUCACCAGUCUGAUGGGCAAAGUCAUGUUCGGCACCGAUAUUGUUCCACUAUAACUAACAUCAGUAUCGGCACCAAAAGCGGUCAGCACCAACAUCGUAAAUACACUUUUCUCUAAUAAUAAUAAUCAUUAUCAUCAUCAUCAUCAUAACAUCGCCACUUUAAUAAUCAGCACAGUAUUAUUAGAAUCAUCGAACGCAUCAUCACAAUCACCACCACCUUGACCAUCACUACCCUCCACUCUAAUUCACAUCAUCAUCAUAAUCAUCCUAGAGUCAGCAUUACAAUAAUUGCCAUCAUCUGUUCAUCUCGUGCUCAGCGCUCCCAUUCGCUGUCGGUCAUUCUCAAUGACGAUGUUGGUUGUCUACUCGAAACUGCCUUGGUAGGAGUCUGCAACACACGUACAGGGAGAGCGUCAUUUCAACACGGACUGGCGCCAUGAACAGCAAGCGCCACUCCUUCAUCGGCCGCUACGACGAUUUCCCCGAGGUCACCGUCCUCAACGGCUUCGGGCCCCGGGGCUCCGGCGAGUCGGGCCGGACCCUCUCCCUCGAGGCCCGGCUGAGUCCCCAGCCGGGUGACCGUGGCUCCGCCGCCGGCGGUGGCAGCGGCGGCACCACCAACGGAGGGGGCCCGUGCUCGAGUCGCUGGAGCGCUCGCGAGCUCUUCCUGCUGUCCGCGUGCGCCCUGGCCCUGGGGCUCUGCGUGGUGCUCGGCUGCGUGCUGCUGCUCAGGCACAUCUCGGAGACGCGAUCGCCGGCACCGCCGCCGCCUCCGCCGGCACCGCCGCCGCCGCCGCCGUCCGGCAGCGGCAGCGGCAACCAGCGGUGGCCCGCGUCGUCCGCGUGCAACCCCAGGGGCCGCUGCUUCGCCAAGGCGGCGCGUUUCGUGGCGCACAACGUAGACCCCUCGGUGGACCCGUGCGCGGACUUCUACGCGUUCGCGUGCGGCGGCUGGCUGGCGAGGCACUCCAUUCCCGAGGACAAGCUGAGCUACGGCCUGGUCACGGCCAUCGCGGAGCAGAACGAGGACAAGCUGGCCAAGCUCCUGCACGGCCCCAUCGCGGCCCGAGGAGCCGCCGAGCGGCGGGACGCCUCGCCGAGGUCGCCGCUGGCGGCGGCGCGCUCGUCGUCGAAGUCGCCCUCGAGGAAGUCGUCGUCAAAGUCAUCGGCGGUGGAAGCGCCUUCGUCCAUGUCGUCGUCAUCUGCAGCAGCGGCAGCAGCGGCAGCGUCAUCGACGACGUGGUCCUCAUCGUCGUCGUCGUCGUCGGCACCACCGUCUCCAUUAUCUGCAGAGCACAAAGCCAAGGCGUUCUUCCGCUCGUGCAUGGACAUGGAAGAGCUGGAGCGGCUGGGCGGGGAGCCCAUGCUGGAGGUGAUCCGUGCGUGCGGUGGCUGGGACGUGCUGGGCUCCUGGAGGCCCAGCAGCUGGAACUUCGACGAGCUGCUCUUCCGAGCGCAGGGCAUGUUCAGCACCUCCGUCUACUUCUCCAUAUCCGUGAACGUCGACGACAAGAACUCCAGCCGCAACAUCAUCCGGAUAGACCAAGAGGGACUCACCCUGCCUGAGCGGUCCCUCUACCUGGGACAGGAUGAAGAAAGCCUCAAGGUGAUCAAGGCCUACAAAGUGCUGAUGAACAAGAUCACCACCCUGCUGGGAGCCAGGAACGCCAGACACAAGCUGGAGGACGUCUUUGAGUUUGAACAGCAGCUGGCCAACAUCACAUUGUCAGAGUCAGACCCCUUGAGACGGGACAUCAAUAACAUGUACAACAAAAUGAAAUUGAGGGACCUUCAUCAUUUGGCUCCAGCUAUCAACUGGAGGCAAUUUCUGGAGCAGAUUUUUAGAAAGCGGAUUUCAGAAGAUGAAGAAGUCGUGGUUUUAGCUACGACCUACAUCAAGAAACUCUCCCAUCUCCUCUCUACCACUCCUGUCAGGGUGCUGCACAACUACAUGCUCUGGCGGGUCGUCAUCGUGCUGAGCACGCACCUCUCGCCGCCGUUCCGCGCCGCGCUGCACGACUUCUCGCGCGAGGUGGACGGAGCCGAGAAGGAGGUGGACCUGGAGCGCCUCUGCUUGACGCAGGCUAACAAGUACUUCGGCAUGGUGCUCGGGGCCCUCUUCGUCCGCGAACACUUCUCCCUGCACAGCAAGCAGAGGGUUCAGCAGAUGGUGGAAGACAUCAAGCAUGCCUUUGACCAGCGGCUGGAGGAGCUGGGCUGGAUGGAUGAAAAGACCAAGGACGCAGCACGAGGAAAGCUGCAGUACAUGAUGGAUAUGAUCGGCUAUCCCGAGUUUCUUGGGAAGAUGGACGAAGUCGAUAAGGAAUACGGAUUUGAAGUCAACGAGAAGUCGUAUUUCAAGAACAUCCUCAACAGCAUCGAGUUCAACAUCAACGUGUCGAUCCACAAGAUUCAUCAGAAGGUGGAGCGCAACGUGUGGCUGCUUCCUCCUCAAACUCUCAACGCAUAUUAUCUGCCCACUCACAACCAGAUGGUCUUUCCAGCUGGUAUCCUCCAGCCCACGCUCUAUGACCCUGAGUUCCCACAAUCCAUGAACUAUGGGGGAAUUGGGACCAUCAUCGGUCAUGAGCUCACGCACGGAUACGAUGACUGGGGCGGGCAGUAUGACAGACACGGAAAUCUGAAACAGUGGUGGACAGCGGAUUCGUACGGCAAGUUUCUGGAGCGAACAGAAUGCGUCGUGAAGCUGUACAACAACUUUACCAUCAACAAGCAGAACGUGAAUGGAAAAUUAACGCUGGGAGAAAACAUUGCUGACAUGGGAGGACUGAAGCUAGCGUAUCAUGCUUAUCAGAAGUGGGUGCGUGAGAAUGGGCCCGAGCCUCCCCUGCAGGGCAUGGCCUACACCCACGAGCAGCUCUUCUUCGUUGCCUUCGCACAGAACUGGUGCAUGAAGAGAAGACCGCAGUCUCUCUACCUUCAGCUGCUCACAGACAAGCACUCGCCCGAGAACUACAGGGUGCUGGGCAGCGCGUCUCAGUUCGACGAGUUCGGCAGGGUGUUCCACUGCCGGCGAGGCACCCCCAUGAACCCUCAGCACAAGUGCUCCGUGUGGUGACGAAAACGCACGUGUACCACCACCACCCCACGUGUUCAACCCGGCCGCAGGGACACCACGUGACACGUGUAUGCGUGCCAGAGAGGGGGGCCGCUGCUCGGGCUCGCGGGUGCGAUGAGUUCGACGGCCGAGUUUGACCCCCCAGAUUGAUGCGGUCUUUGGAUGUAUUUCGAUGUUAAAGGAAGCAGAGCAAAUGUUGGGCUGGGUGGCUCAAAGCGAGGGCCUCCAUAAUGCUGGGCUUAUGUAUUUGGAUUAACGCUCGCGAGAAAGAGGAUCACGCGUGUGGUUAGUUUGGCGGUUAUAGCCCGCUGUCACUGGUAAUUUGCACAAGUGUCAAUGCGUGUUAAUUAUUGUCAGUGGCACCACAUGCUGGCAUGGGAUUUGGAGAGUAUGCAUUUGUCCCAUACAUGGGUAGACAUUCCACAUUCCUAAGGCUUGGACCGGUCUGUCCUGAGAACAACUGCAGAACGAGAAUUUAUUCAUGAGGCACCUUGAAACUAAACUUCAGCUACAAAGUGCAAGAUAUAACGGAAGAGCAGUGAUGUAACAGUGUUGAAAGUGAACAUAAUUUAAGCGGGAAAGGCGAAAUGUAAUGUGCUAUGAACACGGUGCCACGUGUUCGAUUCCUGCCCACGGUUAGGGCCGUUCAUAAAUGACGUCA